AUGACUACAUCAUAUAUUAUUAUUUUAAUAUUUCUACUAAUAUUUUCAUCCUCAUCUACUACUUCUGGAUUUUAUAUUAAAAACUUGGAUCGAACUCCAAAUACUACAAUUAUGGAAGAAGAAGAGGAUAAUGUUGAUAUAACUCCAGUACUAAGAUAUACUGAUAACCUUUUUAUUACAAACAAUGAGAAAGUGUUUAUGAAUAUGCUUUCAAUAUAA